AUGGAAAAACCUCGGAAUAAUGAGCGUGGCCGGCAACGCAGCUCGGCGGCAUGCGAUGCAUGCAGAGCAAGGAAGGUCAAGUGCAUUGCUUCGGCGAACCAAGGAAAGUGCUCCAUGUGCUCAGAGCUCAACAUCGACUGCACAAGCGAGCGACCUCGAAAGAAGAGGGGCCCCAAGAAUCGCUAUGUUCAGAUCUUGCGUGCUCAUCUCGAUGGCGACACAAUAGCGAGUGACGAGCCAGAUAAGCCGAGUCUGGAUUUGAUCGCUCCUUCCGAAAUCCUCGACCUGAUUCUUGACGACUGGUUCAAUUGUUUUCAUCCAAUCGCCCCUGUUCUUCAUCGCAACUCGUUCAUGGCACGAAUCAGAAGUGUACAUGAUGGCGAUGUAUACGAAUCAAGAUCAUUUCUUGUCCUAGUAGCGUCUGUGUGCGCUGCGACAUGCGCCAGCUUGCGCAGGCGACGACACCACUACAGUACAGUAACUGUUGACAGCUGUCUGGCGCUCGCAGAGCGAUUCGGUCUUUGGGCUGCUCCUGAAAGCAUCACCUUAGAGAAAGCGUUGGCGUUUUACAACUUCUCUAGUGCGGUGCACCUUGAACAUGGGAUCGACUCUGCCAUAGCUUUCCGCCUCAUUGGCGACAGCACAGUUUGCAUCAAGUAUCUUAUGCAGCAAAAGCUGGAUGACAUGUCAUUCACGGACCAACAAAUCGUCAAGCGUCUCUACUGGAUGAACUUUGCUUGGCAGUGCACCGCUGAGAUGCACGGCAGACGGUUGCUUGUUCUUCACCACGCACACGAAGCCUCAAGCAUACCAUUUCCGCUGCCAGUAUCGUUUGAAGAGCUUCUCAACGGGUCGGUAUCGCCGCAAGCGAGCGUUGGUGGUCCGGACUACUCAUAUGUCUCAGGCCUUAAUGCACUCUCGGGAUUGUUCCUCGUCUGGCAGUCUAGCCAAGCAAUCAUGGUUCAAACUAUGGAAAACCUGCAGGAGUAUAUACUCCGCGUCCACCAAGCUCUGAGUGAAUUACCACCCGAGCUAGCGUGGACUGAUGGGACCAACCAAGCCGGGGACUUUAGCUUCAAUGUACAGAAAGUGAAUCUCAAGGUCACACAAUUGCACAUCCGAUCAAAUCUGCUCGAGCAAAUGAAUUAUCUUGCGAGAAGUCAGGGGUGUGCUAUCACACCCGAUGCGAUCAUCGAUGAGCGCCACCGUGUUGUGGAAGAGUUACUAGACGUCCUCUACACGAUGCCAGAAGAAGUAUUCGAUGCAAACGGCUACAGUAUCGUGUCGAAAAUUAGAGAUAUUGGAGGGGCGCUGUUGGAUGAGCUUCGAACGGGUGAACACGGUCGCACACUACAAGCAAGCGUCGCUUUGGAUAGAUUGCUUUCCAAAUUGGAGAAUCUGGAUCUGAAUCCGAUGGUUCAUACGCCAUUUUUUUAA